AUGGCUGGUCAAAUACAACGCCGAAUACACGGCAUAUCAAUUUCAAAACCAAUCAUAUAUGGAAAUUAUGCUGAGCCGGUCUCAGAGAAGAAUCCAUUACCUCCGAAUGCUCCUAAGGACCACACACAUAUAUGGACACUAUUUGUGAAGGAUCCAACGGGUCAAGACUUAUCAACUUACAUAAAAAGGGUGGUGUUUAAACUUCAUGAAACAUAUCCAAAUCCGAAUCGCACGGUAGACCACCCUCCAUUUGAACUGCGAGAAUCAGGAUGGGGUGAAUUUGAAGUGGCCAUAAAGAUAUAUUUCAACAGCAUUUGCGGGGAAAAAAGCGUCACGCUUUACCAUAAUCUAAAACUUCAUCCAUACCCACCAGAAGUGGUAUCACUGAAUGCAGGUGCACCUGUGACAACGAAAGAGGGACGGGUGGAGUCGAUACUGUACGAGGAAAUUGUGUUUAAUGAACCAACUGAGAAAAUGUUUCGUCUCUUAACAGCCAAGCCGGGGUCCCUUCUCCCGUAUCAAAGCGAGAAAACCCCAUUUACAAAAGAACACGAGCGUGAAGAAGAAGACCGAAUCGAUCAGGCAAAAGAACUGGUCAGACAUCAGCUUGAAAAAAGAACGGCUGAAUUUCGAGAACUCGAAGUGGAGCGCCAGAGACUUAUGCAGAUGUGA